AUGUUAAAGCAAGAUUCUAGCAGGUAUUGGCGGAAACUCAUUAAGCUUUGUAGAUCUUUGUCUAGCUCUGUUUUGGAGGCUGCUGUGGUGCCUGGAAAGCUUCAACUGGGUAAACUCUAUUCUCUGAUUCUUGUAGGCGAGCAGGUUGAUUAUGAGAAGAUUGUUUGGUGUAAAACUUCCAGAAGAUUGUGGCAAGCUGUUAAUAAGCAUCUUUUAACUAGAGAUUUACUUCAUUAUUGUCACUUGAAUGUUCCCUCCCUGUUAUGCUCAGUUUGUGCUCAAGUAGAUGAAAGUCACUCCCACAUAUUGUUUGAUUGUAUUUUCUCCAAGAUGGUCAUGCAAAAAGUUUAUGGUUGGCUGGGUGAGGUGAUUUGGCCUGAGAAGUUUGAGGAUUGGCUAAUAUGGUUGGCUGGUCGUAGAAGAGGUUGGGUGUACCAUGUGGUGGCCGCAGCUCUUGCUGCUACAAUCUAUUUUCUUUGGUUAAAUAGGAACCAUUGUUGCUUUGAUAAUAGCUGCUUUACUGUUUCUAAAAUUGAUAGCUUGAUUAGGUUCUCUGUUAAAGCUAGAGCGCUUAACAUUAAUUCUAGGAAAUUUUCUUCUACAGAGAGAAAAAUGUUAGACUUUGUUUAUUGCUUGUAA